AAGCGGCAAUCUGCGCCGUGGUCGGCUAAUAGAGAGCGGUGGAGAGCACGUGCCUGUGCCUGUGGCGGGCUCGCGGCACACCACCGGCUCCUGUCGCGGAGCGGAACCGGCUCAACAAAAAACCCACGAGAAUGUUUGCUCUUCCGCACAGCUCGGUCUCGAGACGCAGUCCACUCUCCUUCCACUCCGCUGCUCCACCACCGAUCGAUUCGAUCCACCAUGGCGUCCGAAUCCGAGCCGGGCAACGCGGCGCCGCACGCGCACCACCCCCACGGCACGCAGCCGCUGGCGGGCAUCGCCGUGGACUACCGCCCGGAGGCGUGCCGCCACGAGCCCGACACCGGCGAGAUCCACGUCACCUUCACCUACGACCACGACGGCAGGGACGGCUCGCGCUGGCGCUCCCGCCACCGCUUCCUCCCCGGCAGCGCCGUGGCCGCAACCAUCCGCGCCCCCGCGGGGGACGCCUCGGGGCUCAACUACAACCUCUACCUCUCCUCCCUCGAGGGCUGCAGGGAGAUGGACGAGAUCGACUUCGAGUUCCUCGGCAACGACAAGCGCGCCCUCCAGACCAACUACCACGUCGGAGGCGGCGGCGGCAGGGAGCAGAUCCACCGGCUCCCCUUCGACCCCUCCGACGGCUUCCACCACUACGCCAUCGCCUGGGACGCCAAGGCCAUCGAGUGGCGCGUCGACGGCGAGCUGAUCCGGAGGGAGGAGCGCCGCGAGGGGGAGCCGUGGCCGGAGAAGCCGAUGCGCCUCUACGCCUCCGUGUGGGACGCCAGCGACAUCGACGAGGGGAGGUGGACCGGCACGUACCACGGCAGCGACGCGCCCUACGUCUGCAGCUACAAGGACGUGGUGGUGCCCCCCGUUGAGUUUUGGGUGGAAGACGAUGAACAAUGUCAGGAUGCGGAUGCCAGAGAUGCGCCUGCUGCUGUUGUGGAAGAAGAGACAGAUGCAGUGGCCAUCGCGCCUGCAAUGAACGAUGAAGGUAAGUGUCAGGAUGCAGAUCCCCGAGAUGCGCCUACUGAUGAUGAUCCGGCCGCCGGCGCUGCUGCUGCUGUGGAAGACGUCGGUAAAGACUAGAUCUUGGUGGUGCUUUGUCCAUGAUUCACAGAUUCAGUGCGCUUGCAGGUUGCAGCCAUCUGGAAUUUGGUGAUCUUGCCUUGUCGUUUUGUUGUCGCUGCCAAGUAAAAACUGUAUGCAAUGAAAGUGUAUGUCUUCUGUCGUGAUUGGUUCAUUGAAUAAAUGAAAGUGCUCAACUUUGGUCCUUGCA